CAGAGCUUGUUGUUGAGCAUUCCCUUAAGGCCAUACAACACACUUCCCCUUUUCCUUCCUUUCUAUCCCCUUGCCUUUCUCGCCCUUGCUAUCAUGUCAAACACAUCCAACAACCUUUCCAACGAAGAACUUCUAGCUACCAAUGCCGCCCUCAAAGCCCAAGUUGAGUACUUGGCAAAACAAGUUGCCGAACUCAUCAAGCUCAAGAUGAACAUGGUGAACACCCUGGAGGAAAGCGAUGAAGAAGAAGAGGUUCCUCUCGAGGAUAACUCUAGUAACACCGCUAGAGGAGAGAAUUAUCAACGAGGAGCUAAUGAUUUCAAGGUUGACAUACCAACCUUUGAAGGAAAGAAUGAUCCCGACGACUUUCUAGAGUGGCUCGAGACUGUUGAGCGCGUCUUUGACUUCAAAGAUGUGCCCGAGGAAAAGAAAGUCAAAAUCGUGGCGCUGAAGUUCCGGAAGUAUGCGUCCACCUGGUGGUCCAACCUAUCAACCAAAAGAAGGCGAGAGAAUAAGGCUCCCGUGAAGACCUGGCUCAAAAUGAGGAGCUUGUUGAAGAAGAAGUUCCUGCCCGAACAAUAUGUACGAGACAACUUUGCCCGGCUUCAACACCUAAGGCAAGGCCCUCGCUCGGUUGAAGACUAUACCCAGGAGUUUGAAGAACUCCUAAUGAGAUACCGGUUAGACCCUUCACAUGUGAUUUCCGCAGAUACCGUUACUCUCGACGAGAACCUUACCUAUGAAGAAGAGCCGGUUGAGAUUCUGGCUCGCGAGACCCGCCAGCUGAGGAACAAGACCAUUCCGUUGGUCAAGGUUCUGUGGAGAAGUCACACCGUUGAGGAGGCGACAUGGGAAACCGAGGAAUCCAUGCGCACUCGUUAUCCACAUCUUUUCAGUGACCAGUGAUCAGGUAAAUUUUGAGGACGAAAUUUUCUUAAGGGGUGGAUAGUUGUAACGCCCUACAACCCGGUCUAAUAGAAUUGAUUAAUGUAAUAAAUUAAUUACUGUUUC